CGGGCUCGCCUGCUGGCCUCAGUCAACCGAAGCAGGUUGUACCGGCAGCAUACGCGUUCGGUAGCGAUCGGCAUAAGCCAGCCAGGAUAGCCAGCUGAGCCCUAGCUCAUCUUCCGUUCAUCCGUGCUCAAAAGAAUGGUCAUUCUAGUUUAAAAAGCAAACCAAAGUUUCUACAAAAAAAAAACAAUUGGCAAAAAGGCCGCAAGACAAUGUCUGACCCAAGCAAAGAAGAUACUCCGAGCGCGGAGGUCGAUACCAGAGAUGUGGAAGGAGAAGUGAAGAAGCUCAAGUAUCCUCGAUCGAUUCCAUUCAUAAUCAGUAAUGAGUUUUGCGAGCGGUUCAAUUACUAUGGCAUGCGAACGGUGCUGGUUUUGUAUCUAACGCGCAAGCUGGACUUUGACGAUGAUACGGCCACGGUCCUCUACCACACGUUCACAACGCUCGUGUACUUUAUGUGCGUGAUCGGUGCGAUCAUUGCGGACAGUUGGCUCGGCAAGUUCCGCACCAUUCUGUAUCUGUCAAUUGUUUACACGAUCGGUAGCGGAUGCAUCACGCUCGGGGCGAUCCCGACCUGGGAUCUGGAUGCGCGCGCCAUGACGAUCGCCGGUCUGCUGCUGAUCGCGUUCGGUUCCGGCGGUAUCAAGCCGUGUGUGGCCGCGUUCGGUGGCGAGCAGUUUAAGAUGCCGGAGCAAGCCAAGUAUCUGGCGCUGUUCUUCUCCAUGUUCUACUUUGCCGUUAACUCGGGCUCGUUUGUCUCCACUAUGGUGACCCCUAUACUGAGAGAGGACGUGAAAUGCUUCGACGAUGAUGACUGCUUCCCGCUCGCUUUCGGUGUGCCCGGCGUGCUGAUGGUGGUGUCCAUCAUGAUCUUCAUCAUUGGCAAACCGCUGUACAAAAUCUCGGCCCCGGCCGGUAACAUGUUUGUCAAGGUUUCCAAAUGUAUCUGGACGGCGAUUCGAACUCGAUCGCGAGAAAAGUCGAUCAAUCCGCGAGAGCACUGGUUGGAUUACUCGGAGAAACGCUGGGGCCGCCAGCUGGUGGACGAAACACGCAUCCUGCUGAACGUGCUGAAGCUCUACAUUCCGCUGCCCGUCUUCUGGGCCCUGUUCGAUCAGCAGGGUUCCCGCUGGACUUUCCAGGCGACCCGCAUGGAUGGGGAUCUCGGCUUUUGGACGAUAAAACCCGAUCAGAUGCAGGUCAUUAACCCGUUGCUGAUUCUGGUUUUCAUUCCACUGUACGAGGUUGCCUUCUAUCCGCUGCUGAGCCUGAUUGGCAUUCGGCGGCCCCUGCAAAAGCUCACCCUGGGUGGCAUCUUUGCCGGGGUGGCUUUCGUUAUUUCGACGAUCGUGGAAAUCCAGCUGGAAGAUACGUACGCCGUGCUGCCAAAGGCGGGCGAAUCGCAGCUACGCAUCUUCAACGGGAUGAACUGUGACUAUCGCGUCCAGACCGACCUUCCCGAUCAUGCCGACUUUACGCUCCAGCGGAUGAGUAUGUUCGAGGAGAAGUACAUCACUGUGCAGGGUGUGGCGCAGUAUACAUACACGCUGACGUCCACUAGUGCCGGGGCGGAUUGUGCCGGCACAGUGCGCGGAGAGUUUAACCUGGCUGAGGAGAAGCAGAUGUCCUACUUCUUACGCAAGAAGGACGGCAGUGUCGGCAUGCUCCCAUAUGAAGAUGAUACGGAGAAAUCUUCCAAGGGUUAUCCGAUAUUCCGCGUUCUCGGCAACACGGCCACUAACCGGACCGUGGUGUUCCGUGACAUCGACACAUCCGAUCCCUUCGAUCGACACACAAACGGUUCGCUCGUGUUCGAUUUGGUAGAGUCCUACCCAUCGGAGUAUGAAAUUUUCGUCGAUGGAGAGCUCACGCUAACGUACGAGAUGCGUCUGGGCGGUGUGUACACCUUCAUCGUCAGUGAUACGGAGGACAAUCGAAGGAUGACUACACCGAUUAUCGUCACGGAUCCAAACUCGGUCAACAUGUUGUGGUUAAUACCGCAGUACGUUGUCAUGACACUCGGUGAGGUGAUGUACUCGAUUACCGGGCUGGAGUUUUCGUUCACGCAGGCGCCGGAAAGCAUGAAGUCGGUGCUACAGGGUUGCUGGCAGCUGACGGUGGCCGUUGGCAACCUGAUCGUCGUGAUUGUGGCCGAAGCCAAAAUCUUCGAUGCGCAAAAGUGGGAGUUUGUGCUGUUUGCGGGACUGAUGUUUGUCGACAUGGGACUGUUCUCUAUACUGGCAUGGCGCUACAAGGCGAUCCCGCUGAAGAACUACGACGAAGACGAUGCCAACGCAACGCUACCGAUCGAACAGAAGGAGGAACACGGACUCGACAAUCCGGCCUUCAAAAAGGCGGCCGACGACGAAUGAGAUACGACAUGGACAUCAUCCAUACAUCGGUACACAGGCCGCACGAUGGGCCACUAGAGGCCGCUUCCGAAAUCGAAAUAAAUUUUCCAUGAAAAUUUGUGUCUAAUAAACGAUACUACAAGAUCA